AUGAUUCACAUAGGUCUCGAGGUCUUUCGGCUGCCUAUGCCAACGUUUGCUAGCGAGGACGACACUUGCGCCAUGGAGGGUUUUACCUUGGCCAACAACGAAUUGAUGGAGGGCAACAACUACGACGGCACCGGCGACAUUCGAUCAUAUUCUGCGGGUGGAGCGUUUGUCGACUUUGGUGGCGUGGACAAAGACAAUGUGACAAAUGCAAUGAACUCUUUCCUGCUCGGACGAUUCAAUGAAUCAGCUCUGGCGUACACAAAUGAUCUUCAUCAGGGCGGUGCUGGCUACGAUUACGACAACAACACAGGGUGUAACAGGGUGAGACCUGCGCUCGAAAGCCAAUGGGCGAAUCCUGGCGCCCAAGGUGCAAGCUGGGAAGGUACUUUCACCAUCCCAGUUUGCGAUGUCAGCACGGCCAUAGAGGCGGACUACCAGGAUAAGCAGUACAUUCUGCAGCCGUACAUCGGGGACAACAGCCGGCCACUAUGGUGUGGACCCGUUUGCGGUGGCAAUUUGACGACUACACAGGCGUUCAAUGCUGCAGCGCAGAUGACGAAAUUUGACAGUCCGAAACAGGCAUUCCGUAAAGAGUCAGCGACAGCUGCAGGUUUGAGUUACACCGAGUUAGCACCUAAUCAUCUAUUCGCGGCAUCAUUCGAUGAAGAUCUUGCUAUAGGCGACGCAUGGUCGGCAGAGUAG